AGGGCCGCCAUGUCAAGACGGGCCAGUUGGCCGCCAUCAAAGUCAUGGACGUCACGGAGGACGAAGAAGAAGAGAUUAAACAAGAAAUCAACAUGCUGAAGAAAUACUCCCACCACCGCAACAUCGCCACCUACUACGGGGCCUUCGUGAAGAAGAGCCCGCCCGGCAACGAUGACCAACUCUGGCUGGUGAUGGAGUUUUGCGGAGCCGGCUCCGUGACGGACCUGGUGAAGAACACCAAGGGGAAUGCGUUGAAGGAGGAUUGCAUCGCUUACGUCUGCCGCGAGAUCCUGCGGGGCCUGGCUCACCUGCACGCGCACAAAGUCAUCCACCGCGACAUCAAGGGUCAGAACGUCUUGUUGACGGAGAACGCCGAAGUGAAGCUGGUGGACUUUGGAGUCAGCGCCCAGCUGGACCGCACGGUCGGGCGUCGGAACACGUUCAUCGGCACCCCGUACUGGAUGGCGCCGGAGGUGAUCGCCUGCGACGAAAACCCGGAUGCCACGUACGACUACAGAAGCGACAUCUGGUCCCUGGGGAUCACGGCCAUCGAGAUGGCCGAAGGAGCCCCCCCCCUGUGCGACAUGCACCCCAUGCGGGCCCUUUUCCUGAUCCCACGCAAUCCGCCACCCAAGCUGAAGUCCAAGAAGUGGUCCAAGAAAUUCAUCGACUUCAUUGACAACUGCCUGAUCAAAGCCUACCCCAACCGGCCAUCCACUGAGCAGCUGCUGAAAUUCCCCUUCAUCCGUGACCAGCCCACCGAGCGGCAGGUCCGUAUCCAGCUGAAGGACCACAUCGACCGCACCCGCAAGAAGAGGGGGGAGAAGGACGAGACCGAGUAUGAGUACAGCGGCAGCGAGGAAGAGGACGACGGGCGCGGCGAGGAAGGAGAGCCGAGCUCCAUCAUGAACGUCCCCGGGGAGUCCACCCUAAGGCGGGAGUUCCUCCGCCUGCAGCAGGAGAACAAGAGCAACUCGGAGGCCCUGAAGCUGCAGCAGCAGCUGGCCGCCCAGCACCGCGACUCCGAGGCCCACAUCAAGCACCUUCUGCACCAGCGCCAGCGCCGCAUCGAGGAGCAGAAGGAGGAGCGCCGGCGAGUGGAAGAGCAACAGCGCCGAGAGCGGGAGCAGCGGAAACUGCAGGGCAAGGAGCACCAGCGGCGCCUGGAGGACCUGCAAGUGAUGCGCCGGGAAGAGGAGCGCAGGCAGGCGGAGCGGGAGCAGGAGUACAUCAGGCACAAGCUGGAAGAGGAACAGAGGCAGCUUGAGAUCUUGCAGCAACAGCUCCUACAGGAACAGGCUUUGCUGCUGGAGUACAAGCGCAAGCAGCUGGAAGAGCAGCGGCAGUCGGAGCGGUUGCAGCGGCAGCUCCAACAGGAGCACGCCUACCUCAAAUCCCUGCAGCAGCAGCAGCAGCAGGCGCCACCGCCGAAGCCCCUCUACCACCACGGCCGCGGCGGGGCAGCCGGCGCCGAGAAGCCCCCCUGGGCCCGCGAGGUGGAGGAGCGAGCCAACAAGGAGAGCUCCCCGUCGCUGGCGGCCAAGGCCAAGCUGGGAGCCGCCGGGCCGGACGCCGCUGCCCCGCAGCCCUGCGUGGAGCCGGGCUCCCUCGCCUCGUCCUCGCCGACGCCCCCCAUGCAACGCCCCGUCGAGCCCCAGGAGGGGCAGCACAAGAGCCACCUGGCCCACCGCGUCCCGCUCAAACCCUACGCCGCCCCCGUCCCUCGCUCCCAGUCGCUGCAGGACCAGCCCGGCAAGAACAUGGCUGCCUUCCCCGUCCAUGACUCCGCCUCCUCCUCCUCCUCCUCUUCCUCCUCCUCUGCCCCGCCCCCUCCUCGCGGGGCCAUGAUCCGGCAGAACUCCGACCCCACCUCCGAGGGGCCGCUCCCACCGCCCUCCCGACCCAGUCCGGACCAGCGUGGACCUUGGGUCAAAAUGGACCCCGAUGGACCCCCCCAGGUUCCCCAGCGGACGUCCUCCAUAGCGACUGCCCUCAACACCAGCGGAGUAACCAGUGGAGGGAGCGGCGGCGGCACCCGGCCGGCCCAUGCUGUCCGAGCCAGGCCCCGUAGCAAGUCGGCGUGGCACAUCCACGUGCAGAGCCGGCUGGAGAAAGGGCCCCAGGGGGGGAGCCCUUUGCCGGCUCCUCCUCUCCCCCCGCCCACCGGCCGGACCCCCUCCGGCCCAAACACCAGUAGCAACCCCGACCUUCGGAGGAGCGACCCCGGCUGGGAACGGGGAGACAGCUUGCUGCAGUCAGGGGCCGCUCACCUGCCCCAAGCCGGCUCCUUGGAGCGCAACCGCGUGGCAGCUCCCCUGAAGCUGGAGGCCUCGCCUGUCCUCUCCCAAGUCCGGAAAGCCAAGGCAGACGACCAUCGCUCCCGGCCGGGACGGCCAGCAAGCUAUAAGCGGGCAAUUGGUGAGAAUUUCGUCCUGCUCAAGGAACGCCCGGAGGAGGCGGCCCCCAAACCCCUCAAAAAGGCCCUGGACUACUCCUCCUCCAGCGAAGAGUUGGACUCGAGCGACGAGGAAGAGGAGGAGGAGGAGGAGGAAGAGGAGGCAGGCGACGGGGAGCGCUCCGAGGCCGGCACCAGCACGCCCGGGGCCAGGGACGGCGACACCGACUCGGUCAGCACCAUGGUGGUGCACGACGUGGAGGACUUGACGGGCGGCAGCGGGGGCUCCGAGAGCUCCUACGGGGAGGGCACCAUGCUGGUGGAGCGGACUCCCGAGGAGGAACGUGGCCUCCUGCACAGCGACAGCAAUGGCUACACCAAUUUGCCCGACGUGGUUCAGCCCAGCCACUCGCCCACGGAAGCCAAGAGUAGCAACGGCUCCUCUUCGCCUACCAAGGAUAUGGCCACCGACUAUCAGUCGCGGGGACUCGUCAAGGCUCCCGGCAAGAGCUCCUUCACCAUGUUUGUGGACCUGGGCAUCUAUCAAAGCUCCCCUGGGGGCGGAGACACCAUCCCCAUCACAGCUUUCGACGCCGGGCGGUUGGAGCAACUCCAACUGGAGGCCCGGAAAGGCUCCGUGGUCAACGUCAACCCUACCAACACGCGGCCUCACAGCGACACGCCGGAGAUCCGCAAGUACAAGAAGCGCUUCAACUCGGAGAUUCUCUGCGCGGCUCUUUGGGGGGUCAACUUACUGGUGGGCACGGAGAACGGGCUGAUGCUGUUGGACCGCAGCGGGCAAGGGAAAGUGUACAGCCUCAUCAACCGCCGGCGCUUCCAGCAGAUGGACGUUCUGGAGGGCCUCAACCUCCUGACCACCAUCUCAGGCAAGAGGAACAAGUUGCGCGUCUAUUACCUCUCCUGGCUCCGCAACAAGAUCCUACACAACGACCCCGAAGUGGAGAAGAAACAAGGCUGGACCACCGUCGGGGAUAUGGAGGGCUGCAUUCACUACCGCGUGGUGAAGUACGAGCGGAUCAAGUUCCUGGUGAUCGCGCUGAAGAGCUCGGUGGAAGUGUACGCCUGGGCGCCGAAGCCCUACCACAAGUUUAUGGCCUUCAAGUCCUUCGCUGACCUCCCGCAUCGGCCGCUGCUGGUGGAGCUGACGGUGGAGGAAGGCCAGCGGUUGAAGGUCAUCUACGGUUCGUGUGCCGGCUUCCACGCCAUCGACGUCGACUCGGGGAACAACUACGACAUCUACAUCCCGGUCCACAUCCAGUCCCAGAUCACCCCACACGCCAUCGUCUUCCUGCCCAACACGGACGGAAUGGAGAUGCUCCUGUGCUACGAGGACGAGGGCGUCUACGUCAACACCUUCGGCCGCAUCAUCAAGGACGUGGUCCUGCAGUGGGGGGAGAUGCCCACCUCUGUCGCGUACAUCUGCUCCAACCAGAUCAUGGGAUGGGGCGAGAAAGCCAUCGAAAUCCGCUCGGUGGAGACGGGGCACCUGGACGGGGUCUUCAUGCACAAACGGGCGCAGCGGCUGAAGUUCUUGUGCGAGCGGAACGACAAGGUGUUCUUCGCCUCGGUGCGCUCGGGCGGCAGCAGUCAAGUCUACUUCAUGACGCUCAACCGGAACUGCAUCAUGAACUGGUGAAGCCGCCUCGUCCAGCUGCGGCCGGAGGAAGAAGAUCCCGCUCCCCUCUCUUCGCUCCCUCCUUUUGGGGAG